CACUUGCCUCUUGAUGUUUUACCAGCUGUGACGGAGGCUCUUGACACCAAGACGAAAGGGGAAGAUUUGCACAAGGAGAGCAGACCUUUCCGCUACUGUGAAAAAAAAACCAUGGACUUGUCAGACAGUGACCGUCCCGUCAGCUUUAGCUCCACUUCCUCCUCUGCUUCCUCCAGGGAUAGCCACUGCUCCUUUGGAAGCAGAAUGACCUUGGUUUCAAACAGCCACUUGGGCUUGUUCAACCAGGAUAAAGAAACAGGUGCCAUCAAGCUAGAACUGGUCCCAGCCAGGCGAUUUUCCAGCAACAAGCCACGCAAAAACUCCCCUGCGGAGCAGGAGGAUCCCGAGGAAGGCCUUGAAAAAAGGCUAAGCAUGCCAAGGAAAGCAGAAGCAAAAGGAGCGAGCAAAAACUGCGCAAUGUCCCUGGUCACAGAGCCCACUAGUCCCAAGCUCCUCUACGUAGACAGAGUCGUCCAAGAGAUUCUGGAGACGGAGAGGAUGUAUGUGCAGGAUCUGAAAAGCAUUGUGAAGGAUUACCUCGACUGUAUCACUGACCAGACCAAGCUCGCCCUGGGGACAGAAGAGCGAUCAGCCCUGUUUGGAAACAUACGGGAUAUCUACCAUUUCAACAGUGAACUUCUGCAAGAUUUGGAAAACUGUGAAAAUGAUCCUGUGGCUAUAGCAGACUGUUUUGUUUCCAAGAGUGAAGAUUUCCACAUAUAUACGCAGUACUGCACCAACUACCCAAGGUCAGUGGCUGUGUUGACGGAGUGCAUGAGGAACAAGAUGCUGGCCAAGUUCUUCAGAGAACGGCAAGAAGCUCUGCAGCAUUCUCUGCCCCUGGGCUCCUAUCUCUUGAAACCUGUCCAGCGCAUCCUGAAGUACCACCUGCUUUUGCACGAAAUAGAAAACCACCUUGACAAGGACACAGAGGGCUAUGAUGUGGUGCUGGAUGCCAUAGAUACGAUGCAGAGAGUGGCAUGGCAUAUAAAUGACAUGAAGAGGAAACAUGAACAUGCCAUCAGGCUCCAAGAGAUACAGAGUUUGCUCACUAACUGGAAAGGGCCAGACCUCACAAGUUACGGGGAGCUGGUGUUAGAAGGAACAUUUCGCAUUCAGCGAGCCAAAAAUGAGCGCACGUUGUUCCUCUUUGACAAGCUGCUGCUAAUUACAAAAAAGAGAGAUGAGAUGUUUGCAUACAAAGCUCAUAUACUGUGUGGGAAUCUAAUGCUUGUUGAAGUAAUACCAAAGGAACCACUUAGCUUUAGCGUCUUCCACUACAAAAAUCCCAAGAUGCAGCAUACUGUCCAGGCAAAGUCACAGCAAGACAAGCGUCUUUGGAUUCUUCACCUGAAGCGGUUAAUUCUAGAAAAUCAUCCUGCUAAAAUUCCUGCCAAGGCCAAACAGGCAAUUCUGGAAAUGGAUGCCAUACAUCACCCAGGCUUCCACUAUAGCCCGGAGGGAGAAAUGAAGUCAUCGUACCAGCCUAAAGAAGGCAGUGUUCCUCACAGAGUGAGAAGGAAAUCAGAACCCUCAUCGAGAGUCCAUAAAGUUUUGAAGUCAAACGACGUAAGUCCAGAUAUGCAGAAGCGGAUCGCUAUUGAAGGGGCCCUGUUAUCUCAAGCCACCAAACUAGGAUCAAAUGAAGCCCUGCUGAAUUCUAGGAAGAAAGUUUCCUUGGAACCCAGUGGGCUGGAGAGCCAAUUUCAAGAGUCCAUUGAGCCAGCCUACAGCAGCGAUCAAGACGAAAAUCUCCAGACUUCUGCUACGGAACAGAUUGAUGCUGAUGAUGAAGAAGAGUCUGAACAGGGAGUGCAGCAAAACUCAUUGCAGAAAUCGAAAGGGGGAAGAAAAAGACUUAAUAGUCAAGCUGCUGAAAACGUUGAAAAACGGCGAAGUGUUAAUCUCAAGUGUGAAACGCAGAGCUCCAAGGACCCUUCAGAUGAAGAGUCAACCCAGUUGAAUACUGAUCUUCCAUUUUCCUGCGCAUCUAGACAGCCACAGCUGCCUAGACAAUUCAGCACACCCCAGAGCAACUCGCUAAUCAUGAAUAUCCUGGGAGGGAGUACCUCUGUCAGAAACAUCUGGACUGACCAUCAGAUCAGGCAGGCAUUGUUUCCCAGCCGACGUCCACCUUAUGAGAAUGAAGAUGAUGAAGACGAUUAUCAGAUGUUUGUACCAUCAGUGUCUACAACCAAUGCUAGUUCAGCUGUCGGUGGAGAAAGGAGAGGUUCUGGGCGUCCAUGCAGCUGGCACUUGGGGGUAGCGCAUCAAAAUGAGACUUCCAGCCCUAGUCGUCACAAAAUUGUUAGGCGGGCCAGUAGUGCUGGUGAAAGUAACACGUGUCCAGCCAGUGCAAGGUAUAAAAUCGGGGAGCGCAGUUCUCGAAGGGAAGUGAAGAGAGAGGAGGUGAGCAGUAUGAAUGCGUAUCCCGAAUCUUCAGAGGAGCUGACCCUUGAUGAUAUUGAACAUGUUUAUGAUAAUAUAAGCUACGAAGACUUAAAGCUGAUGGGUUUGACAAGAAGGGAGGAGACAGACCGUGGUCCCCAGAGAUCUGCUAGAGACUCUCUCUAUGAGGCUGAAAACAAAAGCAGCUUAGAUUCACCCUCCAGAAAGAGGACAGCAAAUCAAAACAGGGCCUCCAUCCUUGCUAGUAGGGAUGAGAUACUACUCAGAGAAGCACCUACUUCAAGUUUGGAUGAGCUCAGGAUCGUUGAAGACAAUAUCUAUGACACGAUAGUGCUUCCAGAAACACCACUAUUGAAUUUUAAAUGUGACCCCUUAAAAUGCUCUAAAAGGCGGAGCUUUCUAGGCCUGGAAAAAGACUUUGCAUGUUGUGACAAUCUACGGCAGUUUGUUUCUGAAGAGAGUCUCCAGUUCAGUGAAGAUGAAAGUCCUUACCAUCGUGUUCCUGUCGACAAUGACUAUUUGAGCUUAGUAGAUAGCUCCUCCAACUCAGAUUCACUCUCCCAUAAAUCUGCAGCAGAUAAACUCUCGGAGGAAGUAGAUGAGAUUUGGAAUGACCUGGAGAACUACAUCAAGAAGAAUGAAGAAAAGACAAGAGACCGUCUCCUUGCAGCCUUUCCUGUUUGCAAAGAUGAUAUGCAGGAAAGGUUACAUGCUGGUAGUACACCUGAACUGAGUAGAGAUGUAGAGUACUCACUGUCUACUCUCUCUCUGCCAGAAACUCCUAUUUUCCCUAAAACUGUGAAGCCCAGGGCUGCCACCAUCAGCGAGGCUAAUCUCAGGCUCGAAGACACCACGCCAUGCAAGAACUCUUUUAUGAGUCUGAACAGAUCUUCCUUCUCCAGUGAGAUGCCUUUUGUAGAUAGCCCGUACGAAUCUGCCAACAGUGUUCUGUCCAAUGCUCAUACAGAGGGCAUGGAAAAUGACUUGGCUGCUGUGGAUAAAACAAAGAACAGGGUUUUUAUGAUGGCAAGGCAGUACAGUCAAAAAAUUAAGAAGGCUAACCAGCUUUUGAAAGUUAAAAGUCCAGAGCAGGAACAGCCAGCUAGCAGACAACAAAAACUGAAACACAAGGAUCUUGCUGCCAUUCUGGAGGAGAAGAAACAAGGUGGUCCUGCUAUUGGUGCCAGAAUAGCUGAAUAUUCCCAGCUUUAUGACCAAAUCGUCUUUAGAGAAAGUUCGCCUAAGGUCCAAAAGGAAGCCUGGGCCACCCCUCAGGAGCCAUCAGCCGGGUGGUAUUCCACACCCCUGGCUGCAUCUCCUCCCUGUUCCCAGGCUGCCAGUGAAUGCUCAAGAGCAGAAGAUUGGCUUUUGCAUUCUACCUACAGUAACGGUGAGCUGGCUGACUUCUCUCCGUGGCCUGAAUCCCAAGACCCAAAGCCCAAGAGCUCAUAUACAGAAGCUGGUACAAAAAGCAAUUCAAGGCAGUUGCCAUCAGCUGGCUCGGUGCCUUCCCUUCAGAUUUCUAACCGUUUGCAUGUUCCGGUGCAGAGGUGGAGUGCCAUUAUAAGCCAACCAAACAAAGAAAAUUUACACCAAGAUCACAUCUACAACUCCCUUGGGAGAAGAGUAAGCAAUGUAAAACCACAGGUGUACAGCAGGUCACAGUCAUCUUCCUCAAUUGUGGUCAACAGGGCUGGAGAAGCAAUCGUGUAUCCUAAUGAAACAGACAAGAAAAAGCUCCAUUCGAAUAGGAGCUUCCGGUUCAACAGCCAUCAAACACCAGGUAUUGCUUUGGGAUGUACGGGGCCUGAUACGAGAAAGCAGAUCCCUGAAAACUGUUCAGAUAUGAUCCUGCAGGAUUCCCAAAAGGUCCUGAGAGUGAACAGGCCCUCCCCUCUGACGGCGCAGAUGGCCACUCAGAACUAUUUUUCUAAUUUCAAAGACACUGAAGAAGAAGGGGAUGAUGAUGACUAUGUUGAAAUAAAGUCUGAAGAUGAGGGAUCUGACUUGGAGACCUCUCAGAACCAAACAAGGAACUCGGAUCCUAAACUGCAUACAGCAGACGCUGCUCCUUCUGAAACGCUCUGCGGCAAAACUGUCACUUGUACUCCUGCAAAGUCCACCAGCAGCAAACAUGCGCUUACCCCGUAUCUGACUGCGUAUAGUGAUUCGGAUAAACUGAAUGACUACCUGUGGAGAGUACCGUCUCCUAAUCAGCAGAAUAUUGUCCAGUCUUUAAGGGAAAAGUUUCAGUGUCUCAGUUCAAGUAGUUUUGCUUGA